UUCCCUCCGCCGGCCCAGCCGCCCCUCUCGCCCGCCCCUCCGCCUCCCUUCCCCCCCCCCCAGUGGAGCUGCACAUGCGGCUGCUCCCUGCUGCGUCCCGCCCAGCCUCGGUCGCGCAGGAACGGGUCCCUGCAGCCCCCGGCCGAUGGCAGGACAGUAGCCGCCUGUCAGGGGUCGUGAAGGGCUGAGGCCGACGCGGCGGCUCUCAGGCCUCAGAGUGGGUGUCUCCGGAGGCCAUGGGCUACCCGGAGGUGGAGCACCGGGAACCCCUGGCCGCGGCAGCGCGGCGGGAGCGGGGGAGCCAGGGCUGCGGCUGUCGCGGGGCCCCUGCCCGGGCUGGCGAAGGGAACAGCUGCCGGCUCUUCCUGGGUUUCUUUGGCCUCUCGCUGGCCCUCCACCUGCUGACGUUGUGCUGCUACCUAGAGUUGCGCUCCGAGUUGCGGCGGGAACGCGGGGCUGAGUCCCGCCAGAGCGGCCUCGGCACCCCGGGCACCUCUGCCACCCUGAGCAGCCCUGGUGGCCUCGACGCCGACCGUCCCCUCACCCGCCACUUCGGGCGGCCGUCACCUCAGUCGCCGCCACUGGAAGCGGGAGAAAUCGCACUCCCCCGAGACUCCCAGGACGGGCACCAGAUGGCCCUUCUGAAUUUCUUCUUCCCUGAAGAGAAGUCAUACUCCGAAGAGGAAAGUAGGCAUGUCCGCCGCAAUAAAAGAAGCAAAAGCAGUGAAGGAACAGAUGGUCCAGUUAAAAACAAGAAAAAGGGAAAGAAAGCAGGACCUCCUGGGCCCAAUGGUCCCCCAGGACCUCCAGGACCUCCAGGACCCCAAGGGCCCCCAGGGAUUCCUGGGAUUCCUGGAAUUCCAGGAACAACUGUUAUGGGACCACCUGGUCCUCCAGGACCUCCGGGUCCUCAAGGACCUCCUGGCCUCCAGGGACCUUCUGGUGCUGCUGAUAAAGCUGGAACACGAGAAAACCAGCCAGCUGUGGUGCAUCUACAGGGCCAAGGGUCAGCGAUUCAAGUCAAGAAUGAUCUUUCAGGUGGAGUGCUCAAUGACUGGUCUCGCAUCACCAUGAAUCCCAAGGUGUUUAAGCUACAUCCCCGAAGCGGGGAGCUGGAGGUACUGGUGGACGGCACCUACUUCAUCUAUAGUCAGGUAGAAGUAUACUACAUCAACUUCACUGACUUUGCCAGCUAUGAGGUGGUCGUGGAUGAGAAGCCCUUCCUACAGUGUACCCGCAGUAUCGAGACAGGCAAAACCAACUAUAACACUUGUUACACCGCGGGUGUCUGCCUUCUGAAAGCCCGGCAGAAGAUCGCUGUGAAGAUGGUGCACGCCGACAUCUCCAUCAACAUGAGCAAACACACCACCUUCUUUGGGGCCAUCAGGCUGGGCGAGGCCCCUGCCUCCUAGAUUCCCCCCAUUUUGCCCCUGCCCAUGCCCCUGCCCCAGGUUUGGGAGCCAGGACUCCCAGAGCCUCUCAGUACAUCCUCAGAGAGAAGCUUCCCAGUGCUAUUUAUUCCCCAGUGACUCUGGGAUGACAAGGCCUGUUUGACUUUCCAGAAUGACCUUGAGUUAACAGGACAUUUGAUGGAGCCCCAGGGUUCACAUGAAGCAGAACCUUCCUCCUUAGCUCCAUGUUGACUGGCUGCUGUGUGACUCUUAGACCCCAGGGUCACUGUAGUCAGACUUGUCAUUUGUUGCACUAAAAUGAGGGUCCAGGGCAGCAGGCAAGAGAAAGCCAAGGCGUCCUUCAGAUUCUGGGGGCAAACAUCUGACCCAAGAGGGAUGCUGCUCCUCUCCUGGGUGAUAGGGAGAGAGGGGGCAGGGAUGUGGCAGCCUAAGGAGAGGGUGAGGGUGGGGAGAGUCAGGUGCUGAUGACAGAAACCCAGGACAAACCUUUCGAGCCCAUAGAGCCCAUGUCCUUGGCAGUGGAAGCAUCCUCGUUGCCCUGUACUGCCACCUACUAGCAGGUUCAUGCAGGUCAGAAGGCCCAUCCGCUCAGGCUGAGACCUAGAUGGCAGCACCUUACCUGGCUUCAGACAGGUUGCUCUUCCCUGGGACCCCUGCGGGGAGGAACCACAGACCUGCUUGCUGCAGAACCUGAAGCCAUAGUUUGAACCAAAAGUCUUUCACUUUGUUUACAGCUGUGCUCCACACUCAGAAAAUUCCCUGGGUCACCUCCCCAUCGUCACCCCUCCACCCUGACGACCUCCUGUCUUCUCUCUCCACAGAGCCUACCUCUGUCUGAGACAGGUGCCUAACCCAGAACCUGGACUUACGUGAGUCUGGGAUACUCUUUAGAUUGCCUGGGCAUGAAGAGAAUUUUCCAUUUAUGGAACCACACAAAUAUUCUGGUGGAGUUGCAUCUGCGGGCAAAGGGUUCAACCAGAUGCACCUCCAGAAUCCCCUUCCUGUUCGAAUGUUAGACAGCUGCCAUGACUGCCUGCUAACAUCCCCAAACCCUAGCACAUGCCUGGGCAUCAGCACGGUGGAGCUUUGCUGCCUGACCCAGAAAGGGUGAGAGGUGCAGAAAGGGCAGAUGGGAUUUCUUAUCGUUUGUUUUUCAAAUUUACUGCAGUCCGAGUGUUCACGAGCCCAGUCCUUAUCCAAAAGGACGGCAGCGACACCCUGCUGACCCACCUUUUCUUCAGAAAGCCACAGUAAAUUCCACUACAGGUUCAGGGUUCAGGAGAUGCUGGCAUCUAAGGAGAGGUCUCUGCCCUCUAGUCAGUUCCAAGGACACCUUGCCCCUAUCCUAAACUUCCCACUGGGUCAGUGGUGGGACCUUUCAAGGGCCUAAUAACUGUCCAGGCCCCACUUGGCUUCUGGGCAUGAGGUCUAACCCAAGACUAUGAGGGACAGUCUGGCUGCUUUUGCUUCUGAAAGGAGUUUCCUUUUGAAGAGAUGGGGAGUAAGUUCUUUCAGGCAGCUGAAAUCCACCAAAAAGAGCAGGUGCUCAUUUCUCAGCUGUGACUUCCCUUCCUGAGUGGCUACCCUGCUUAGCCCUCCAAGGUCAGGCCAAGCGUCAGGGGGUGACCCCACAACUGUCUGAUCACAAAUGAUGGUCUUGUAACCCCUUGUGAGAGAAACUAGGCAUGAGUGAGGCCACAAUUCCUAUAAAGUACCUUAGAAAGUCCUCGGUUACAACAGGAACUGAGGGGACCUCUCCUGAAGGUUUGGAAAGUACUUUCUUUCUAAUUAUCUCCUUUUAUAAUAUUGCAAAUCCCACUGUUUAGAUGAGGCUCAGAGUUACUAAGUGCUUUGACCAAGAUCUCACCCCACUGAAAUCAUGGUCAGGGCUUCUGCCAGGUCUGACUCCAAAGCUAUUCUGUCAUGCUGUAGAAUUGGGUUGAAUCGGGGGUCCAGAGAGAGCCAUUUAAGGUAGUAAUAAGGGCCCACAAUCCACGAGGGUCCUAAGGAGAAAUCCAAAGAUGCUCAUUUUCGUUCCUUGUUGGCUGCAUGUGUUCUUUCGGCUGCAGGGGGCUCUGCGGCCAAAAGGGUAGGCUGGUUUUUGUGAAACAGCCAUCAGCCUUAGAGCUCUUGUGUUCAAAGGAAUCCUCUUGGUACUACAUCCAAGCAGCAGACCUCCAGUGUCCACAGAAUCCAGAGCCUUUUUGUUCUCUCACCCACCUUGUUAACAAGCUAGUCCUCACCUUAGCCCCCACACCAGAGGAGCUGGCUGCUUCCCACAGCUACCGAGUGACUCCUCAUCUCUUCCUACCAUUCCACAGGGAGCGCUCUGCCAAGAUCUCUCAGGGAUGGAGGAAGACCCAAAAGAGGCCUGAUUCUAAAGCCAAAAGGGUAUAAGGCGGGGGUAGGAAACGGCUUCCUAAAUGUGCCCCUACAGGACAUCCGGACAUCUGUCCUGUUCUGUAGAUGUGGAGGGGAUUACAGAGAAACAGGAUUCUCGUGGGACCCUUUAUUUAUCAUGCACCCUCAGGAAGAAUCCUCCAGGGAUGUGGGAGGUGAGGGAAGCAACAGGUAGCGGGGGUCCCUGCCACAGCAGUUACUGGCAAGGUGGUGAAGCAAUUUACUUCUCAAAGAAUGUGGAAAUAGAUUUGCAGCAUGGACUGGUGCCAAUGUAAGCUCAUCAGUGGGCUGACACUAGCAUGGAGAAGGGGAUGGGGACAUUUGCAAGCAAGCAGGCAACAGGUUUGAAGAAUUGCCUGGCAGAGGCCUUUGCCACUAGGGCUUCAGCUGACAAAGCUGAUCCAAAAGGCAGCUGUUGGGGCAUGCUCAGCUACAGGUGCCUUGGGAAAACGUAGUCUUUCUCUUAUUUACCCCUUCAACCUCCCGGAGCCAAAUUUCUUUUGCUGAGCAGGAAAGUGGUUGGAAUCUGGAGGUGAACAAUGACUGGCCCACGCGUGAGCCCAUAUGAAUAUGUAACUUCUGGUGGAUGGAAGCGAUGCAGGGAAAUGGAGAGCUAGAAAGGCAGCAGCAGGAAUCAGCCUCCAUCCUGCCCCAGGCUACUCAUGUGGAAACAGAGGCCCAGAGGGGGAGCGUGACCUGCCCAGGGUGGUGAACAAGCCCCAACCUCCAGAUUCCAAGAGAUGAGGGGGCAGGGUAGACCCAGUCCCACAAGACCCCUUCUUCCUUCCACCCACAGACUCUAGGCUGGAAGUGUUUGGCCCCUCUCAGGAGCCUGGUGGGGCAGGGAGAAAGUAGCUGCAGCCUUCCUCUGAACCCUUCCUCCCCCCAAGUAUUCGCCCAACUCCUGCCUUGACUGGCCCCUUACCAAGGAUGUCCUGAGGCCACCCUCAUGCUGAUGGGCCCCAACCCUGCCUGGAGGCUUCCCUAGGCCAUGGGAGCACAAAGAAAAUUGAUUUUUCCUUUAAUCCAUUUCAGGGCUCUCUCUCUAAGAGGAGUUGGGGUGUGUCAGUCCUUUAUUCCAAAAGCUUCUGGCUGGGAUGGGGGGUGAACUUUGUUGUGAGAAUGGCCUGGAGCAGGCCCAGUGCUGCUUUGGGGGUCAGCAUCCAGUGUGAGAUACUGUGUAUAUAAACUAUACAUAAUGUAUAUAAACUGGGAUGUAAGUUUGUAUAAAUUAACGGUUUAUUCUUUGCAAAUAAAGCUUUCCCUCCACCCCCUAUUCUGGAACUUGGUUGGAGCACUUCCUACAUGCUAGGUGUUUUUUUGCCGGCAAUGUCACAUGUGUGCCAGGGAAAGGAGCAAGGCACCAUG